GAAUGCUCUAGCACUGAGCUACCCAGUUAGAAAAGGGUCUAAAUCAAGGGUCGCACUUUGAAAUUAUUUUCGUUUAUAUGUCUACAGCGGUAACAUUUUAUGUGAAUAUUUUACAGAGUGGAUUUUUAAUAAAACAAAAAUGGAUAGAAUACGGUGGCAUUGAUUUUUUUUAAAUUAAAGUUCAGCAUGAAAAAAUUAUCAUAUUUACCUUAAAACAGUCAUGAAUUCUUCAUUUAUGGUAUUUAAAUGUUCGUAAAAAAACACACAGUUUGUUUGCAUUUAUUAUCAGUAGGAUGGUAUAAAAUAUUGAUUAUAUCAAUGUUGAAGUACAUGUAGUAAUCAUACCAAAUCGCCAUGCACAGUGAUCAACAGGCAUGCACUUUUAGACAGACCGCAGUUGACGAGAUGAAAUACAUAUUUAUCAUAUAGUUAAAUGUUAAGAUGUUAUCCUUUUACCAGUACAAUUACAGUGGACAAAUGGCAAGGACUAACCAGCAAAUUAAUAUUGUACUGAUACUCUUACUGGUCAAGGCAUGGAUCGCACAUGGUGGCGCUGUUACCGACUAUAAGGACUUGGAUUGCCGAUACCAUUUCCACGUUCAUCCCUUGUCUUGGAUAGAGGCUUAUUACGUCUGUGAACGCAAUAACCAGAUGCUGCUGAAGUUCGAUACACAAGACGAGCAUUCCAACAUCAGUUCCAUCGUCGAAUCAAAGAUUGGCAAAAUUCUGUCUUCCACAGUGGAGAACAUGUGGAUAGGCCUCAGUGCUACAUCCCAGGACGGAACUAUGCAUCAUUUCUGGCCUGAUUGUGUACUUCUGACGUCGACUUCAGCAUCCAACCUUUGGAAGAAUUCUGUGGAGACUCAGAAAGAGGGAUGUGUGCUUUUAAAUCCAUCAUCAACCAUCUACUCUGUGGAAAAUUGCUCUAAUUCAUAUCCAUUCAUUUGCGAAGAUAAGGCCACAGGCAAGCAUUGUCACUCUAAUAACGGCAAGUUAAAUGCUUUGACUGGGGACCAAUAUUUGGCAAGAUUGGAACUUCCAAGUGACAUUGAAUUCAUCUUUCUGAAUGCUACCUCCAUCAGUUUGGAUUAUAGAUCAUUUCGUCUUGUUUUCACAGAUUCAGUUCAAUGUUUCUUCCCAAUAGCAGACAAAAAAGCAUUUGGAACAGAUUAUAUCUUUUCUAGUACGACAAACAUGAUUUCAUGUGCCCAAAUGUGUCACAAAAGGUCUUCAUGCGCUGGUAUAAUGCAAACAGACUCAUGCAUAGUAUUCACAUCUCAUAGCAGUCCAUCCCAUCCACCAGGACGAGGCUCUUUUUAUGCAAACAGUAUAAUAGACUGGAGUCAGUAUUCUGGAAUUGCAUCGACUAUUCCACCAGAAAAUAUAUGUAGCGCAUCGCUGUCCCCUUCCUUUCUUGAAACCAUAUCAUCCACCGCAACCCUUCACCCAUCAUCAGACUCGCCGUUCACGUCAGUUUCAGGAAUAGAAUCAUCAACACAAUCAUUGGAACCAAGUUUGAAUUCUCAGCCGCUAUCAAUUACUUCCAUAUCAAGUACUCCUAGUUUACAAACAGUAUCGGAUUCCAUAUCGUCAUCCCCAUUCAUGUCUGCUUUGUCAUCUGCCAUUUGUUAUUGCCCAUGUUCAACUUUAAACAACGUGACGUACACACCCCAAGAACUCCAAAAGAAGAUGGAAAAGAUGAAAGCAGAACUAACCGUUACAAGGAAGCAAACCAAUAAAUAUAAAAGAACUCUUAUUAGCAUACCGGAUCAUCGCCCUUCAGCCCGGGGCAUAGGGAGCCUGGGUGUUAUUAUUUUGUGUGCUGUGAUCCUCACGCUGGUGGCAUUUGAUUUUCCGCGUGCUGCUCACCAAACUCUUAGAAUUGUACGGCGAGCAAAAGAAAUAUGUAACGAUAAGAAUUGUGCACCUAGCAAAGGAAAUGCGUAAAGAUAAGAACUGUACAUGUACGGCGAGCAAAAGAACUAUGUAAAGAUAAAAAGUACUGAGAGGAUAUGAUAUAAUGUUUAAAACUAAUUUUCUUAUUCAGAUAUUGUAAAUCACUCAUUUUGUGGGUACAAGUUGACCUAGAGGAAAACUUCGUCAUUUCUGUCAUAAAUCUGGGCAGGAGUUCUCCCGGAGAAAAACUUUGUUAUUUCUAUCAUAAAUAUUUGUACGGAUUCCCAUUUAGGACCUAUCAAAAAUAUUUUUGAAUUUGAAAAUACGAAUUCCAGAAUUCGUUAUUACAGAUUUAAUUUGUUAUUUCAAACUUUUAAAUUCGUUAUAACGGAUUAAAUUUGUUAUCACAAAUUUGUUGAACUUGUUAUAACAAAUUUCAAAAUUUAUAUUAACAAAUUAAAUUUGAAAACACGAAUGUUUGAAAUGAUUAUAUAAAAUUGUCAAAUUCGAUAUAACGAUUUAUAAAGCCGUUGAUAUCAAAUUACCGUAGUAAAUAAUUCGUGAUAACGAAUUGCAGAAUUAGUAAGAAUUGAUUAAAUACAUCAUGUAAUUUGAAAUUAUAGAAUUUUCAAUUCAUUAAAUCGAAUUUAAUUCAUUAAAAUAAAUUAAUACAAUUUGUUAAAACGAGUUCUUAAUCAAAUGUAGUUGGAUGAAGAUGUCGCAAGAUCAGGCACCUGAUCCCACCUCUGCUAUAUUCAGGGGUCCGUGUUUGCCCAACUCUUUUAAGAGCAGUGAAUUAAAUUAAAAUUUAAAAUUAAAUUAAAUUAAAAAAUUUUAUUCUUUAUAGGAGUUAUGAGAUUGAUCACUGCUCGUUGUCUUCACAUUUUCAUCAGUACAAGUUUUUAAGAAUUUGUUGUAACGAAUUAUGCAAUUUGAUACAACGAAUUUCGGAAUUCGUUAUUUCAAUUCAAAUUUUGAAAUUCGUUAUUACGAAGUUUAGAAAUUCGUUAUAACAAAUUUAAUCCGUUAUAACGAAUUUUUAUGUUUAAAAUAACGAAUUAAAUCGAAAUAACGAAUUCUGAAAAUUAGAAAUAUAUUUUGAUAGGUUGUAAAUGGGCUUCCGUAUAUUUCCGUAUAUUCUCCUGGAGAGAAAAAAUUUUGUCAUUAUAUAGUAAUCGAAAUUUUGAUUCGAGUUUAUCUGAUUAAAAAUUGAAUCUCAAAAGAUGCAAUAUAAAUCUGCGUAUUUUCCUUACCACCCAUUCCCAAUUCUCAAUUCACAAUUUUACUUGCUGAAAACAAAGAAUCCAAGACUUCCCUUCUGAACUUUUUCAUAUAGCUAAAUAACUGCAAAUGUAAUCUAAAUCUUGCUUAUGAUAACUACAAACGAUACAUCUUAACACUUGGAAUACUUAAAGCUGUAAUGUAUCAUGAUUGACAGAAUGUAAAGUUCAUGAAUAUAACAAUCGAGUACUGCACAUAUUCUGUGCGUUACAAUAUACAUGUACGUAUAUCACGUACAUAUCCCCGCACUGAUAGGCCAUCAUUUACAAGUUCAGAUCCCUGUACUGAUAGGCCAUCAUUUACAAGUUCAGAUCCCCGCACUGAUAGGCCAUCAUUUACAAGUUCAGAUCCCCGCACUGACAGGGCAUCAUUUACAAGUUCAGAAAUGUGAAUAGUACAUAUUUAACGUCUAAAAUUUAUUUACAUGAUAAAUUAUUGUUCUGCAUGUUAUAUUUGUUUACAUCACAGGAUUUCAAAAUUAGUGAACUUGUCACACUUACAUCAAGUUACUGAUCUUUGCGUUGUUCAUUUGGUACAUGUAAUGUACGAUUCGGUCUUUGGUUUGCAUAGUGAUACGACUAUAUGAAAGCAAAAUUUUAACUGACCAUAUAAUUUAUCUCCAUUAUCCAACUCCAGUUUGAGUUGGAGCCCCGCUUGUGCUAUGGCCGCGUCAAACCCAAAAUGUUAAAAUAGGUAGUGUUUGCUCCUUCGCCAAACGCUCGGCAUUUCGAAGUGAGAAUCACGGGUCUUUCGGAUAUGACCUUAAAAACGGAGGUCCCGUGUCACGGCAGGCGUUGGCAUGAUAAAGAAUCCUCAUUGCUAUAGCCUUGAGCGCUACGCAUUGGUCUAAAUUUCUGGUACUUCACCCACAGCUGGUGACGUCUCAAUACGAGUAAAGUUUUUCGACGAGAGGUAAAAACGAUCAAUCAAUAACUCAUCUACAUUACCUUCAGAAGCAUUUUCCUCAAUAGCAUUUAUUACAUAAUUUAUCUCUGGGUGAUUUGGUCUAUUGCUAGACUCAAUAUGAUAAUAAUCUGUACUUUAGGGAUGUCAGCUAACUAAACACAUCUCUGCGUUUUGCAAUAUUCACGAGACAAUUUACGGAAUGAAAAUUGAAAUUCGUUCAAACGAAUUUCUUACUAUUUAUAAAAUCGUGAGAAAUAUUUCGACAGUCGUUUUAACUAUAGGGACUAUAAUUAGAUGAGAGGGGCACCAAUUUAUAUGUAUUAAUAUGAUAAAUAUCAUAUUACUGUAUUAUAGUUUCCAAUUCGAUAGAUUUAUGUAUCAUCAUAUUUAUAUUAUUGAAUAUUGUUGAAAUCAUUAUAGAAUUUUAAAAAGGGACAUGGGCACGAUUUGAGCUGGAAACUUUUAAAUUCUAUUUAUAGUUCCUCGUGGUCAUGUAAUGCUUCAAUAUUACUGAUUUACGCCAUGAUCUUACAUGUAUGGAAGAAGUAUGAAGAUGGCGGUUUGUCGACGGAACCCCUUCUGAAAAAGCUCGGCCGCGUGUACUAUCUAAUACUUUGCAUAGUGCUCUUCAUAAAAAAAAAAUGAUAAUACUUUAGCUAUCCAUCUUAAUUAUAGUGUUUUAUUUUGAUAAUUUUACAGAUAUAAAAUCUUUGUGUCAUUUAAUUUCAUUUGAAUGUGUUGUAUUGUUGCUUUCUUCUUGCCCUUGUACUUAGCGCCUUAGAGUAAUUUGUUUUAUAUUAGGCGCUGUAUAUAUUGUAUUAUUAUCAUUAUACCCUCCUUCCAAUAUUAGGACUAAUAUACUUACACCAAACUAUUCGUUUAUUUAUUUUUCAAUAAUUCCAAUGUUAUUUAUAACAAUUGUUUUGACUGGACAAAAAUAAAUCUAAACGAGAAUUUACACAUCAAUAAAUCCAAAAAACGCUGUGUAUGCAUACGUGCCUGAAAACGAAUAACAUAGUGCGGGGAAAGUAUUCAAAUUAUUGAAAUUGAUAAUACUGAGAACGAAUUGGAAUUAUAAGAAUCAAACAUUCUUUUUGAAGAAUUUAUCGAUAUGUAAACUCUGGACAUUUUACUCACAAACUUAACAUAAAAGCGCUUCGCACUUUUAUUCAGUUUGUGAGUAAAAUGUCCAGAGUUUACACAUCGAUAAAUUCUUCAAAAAGAAUGUUUAAUCCUAUAUUACAUACUUGUAUAUUUUGUUACCCUUGGCCUGUAACCUUAGUUUGUAUAUAUGUAUAUAUUUGUUGACUCUUUCGUGUAUCUGUAUAGUUUGUAUAUGUAUAUAUUUGUUUUGUUGACUCCUGCGUGGAUCGGUAUAGUUUGUAUAUGUAUAUAUUUGUUUUGUUGACUCCUGCGUGGAUCUGUAGAGUAUGUAUAUGUAUAUAUUUGUUUUGUUGACUCCUGCGUGGAUCUGUAGAGUUUGUAUAUGUAUAUAUUUGUUUUGCUGACUCCUGUGUGGAUCUGUAGAGUUUGUAUAUGUAUAUAUUUGUUUUGCUGACUCCUGUGUGGAUCUGUAGAGUAUGUAUAUGUAUAUAUUUGUUUUGUUGACUCCUGCGUGGAUCUGUAUAGUUUGUAUAUGUAUAUAUUAAAUAGUUUGUCUGUGACAUUGUUGUUUCUUUUACAUGUAUAUUUUAUGUUUAUUUAUGGAUAAUUAUUAAAAAUAUCACA